CAAGUUGUUUGAACAUAUGGAUCACUAUAUUUUUAUGACGUCAAUACUUCUUUGGGUUGAGUAUAUAACACCCGGGAAUUUUAUAAGUAUUGACAGAAAAAUUUUUUUAAGUUAAGUUGAUACUUCAGAUCUUUAUUUUAAAAAUGGUUUGCAAGUUAGUUUGUUUUACACUUUUUGCAGUUGCAGUUAUUCAGGUUUCGGCGCAAAUCAUGACUGACACCGGCCGAGAAUGGUUGACAGAAUUUAUGACGGAAAAAAUAAUUCUAGUACCAAAUCAAGUCGUGAAGGCAGCUUCGCUUGAUCAAAUCAACUACAUGAUCGCGGAAGUUGCCAGAAUGAACAUGACUUUCAAGCCAGUCAACGAAAUGACGCGUACCGAUUUCGCAGAUCUGCAGCACGAGGUUAUAAGGCUUAUAAAUCACACAAUAGAAGAAAAACAUCCCGAAGAAUAAUCGAACAAUGCAUUUGAAAUUCAAUUAAAUUGUGAGUAACAUAAAUUUAAUUGAAAACAUGUAUUUAAUAUUGUUAGAAAAUAAAAACAAUAAAAUAUUAC